AUGGACUCAGCGAGGUCAACUCCUCAUGUUAAUAUUGCCCGUUUGGGUCAUCAUCAAAAAGAUACACAUUCACAAUUUAAUGACAUCACAGUUUCGGAUGAAGGAACAACAGCUGAGGAUACCUUGUCUGUUAAUGGAGUUCCAAUGAAUGUAGAUGAAAUAUUUCAUGUUUAUUCUGUAGAAAAUAAUCCAACCAUAUCCAUGACAGGUUAUGCUGACACUUACAUGUCAUCUUUUUCUAACAUUAAAAAUUCAACGAGUGAAGAUAAGAAUUUAUUUGGAUUACAAUGUUUACCAAAUAUUUUCCAACCACUUUACUACAAAGAUAAUGAUAAUUCAGCCUAUGGAUUUUCAGAAAUCAAGAAAGUUCCUCUAUUGUCUCAACUGUCAGAACAGGAAGUUUCAGACUUGCCUGUACAUGCACGCAAGACAAUCAAAAACAAAUAUGAAUCACCAUUCCUUGUACUUUUAUCAAAUUCUAAGAAACAACAUCAUCUCUCUAGGAGCACUCUCAAAAAAUUCUCUGUCAGUCAAACUAAAAAGCAAUUAAUUGAGGAUACUAAAUGGAGAAUGUUUGAAGAUGCCAUGCUUUCAAAGGAAGUUAGAUUUCACAAUGAUCCUAACACUUCAUCCAGUAAUCCAGUUUCGGAUUACAUUUUACCAUCUGGAAAGAACGACAAAACCAGAAACAGGUCAGACUCUGGAGGCUUACUGACAUUGAAAACACUUUCGGAUUUUGGUGGGAAACCUUCAACCAGUCCAUCAACCAGUCCGACCGUUGGAAGUCCUCUAACACUCGAAUCCAUGUUUAAAAGAAAACAAUCAGAUUAUGCAAGCUCACCAAAUACUGAUGAUACAUCUAGCCUUUCUUCAAUGAAAGGGUACGAUUCCAGUUCUGAGGAGGAAGAAAGCUUUCAAAUUGCCAAUUUUUCUCCUAGAAUAAUUCAAGAAAUACCACAUGGUUUCUUGGCUACUAGAUUGGACCUACUUAAAGAUUAUAUGAAAGAAUCAUGUGAGGAAAACACUAAUGUUUCACUGAAGAAGAAUGUUGCUGAAUACAAAGUUUGGAAGAAGGAACAUUCUCUCCUCGAAUUUUUAUCUGACGAUUUGAUGAAUACACACGAACUGAAAACAAAACUGUUUCCAUUCAUGUAUGCACCAAACGAAAAUCUGAAGGAUGGAUCAUCUGACAUUUUACUUCAAAACUUUUAUGUCAACAAGCAAGACGUUGAUAAUAGAGCCAAACUAAUUAUUGAUAUAGAAAAAUUCAAGCUGGAUUUUGUUGAAGAGCACUUGAAUGGAGUACCAUUGGAGAAUUUUUAUGCCAGUUUAACCUUGUACUCUGUCAAGCUAACAGAAUCUCAAAAUCCAUCCAUCUCUGCAGUUAAAAGAUAUAGCGAAACAUUUUCCUUCAAUCUUUCGUCUUCAUCCAAUAAUAGUAAGAGAGCUCUCUUCUACUUGUCAAGCCAAAAUUUGCCUAACAGCACAGCACCAAACACUGAAAAGGUGUUUGUCUUGGUGAGAAUAUUUAGAAACUUUAAGGGAACUUAUGCGGAACACUUUAACGAGCUCUAUAUCAAAGGAAAAAAUACGCCAAAGAGUUCCUCUGAUAAACCAUUCAAUGUCAAUGACUCUAAAGAUUACAAGGCAAUCAAGGCUGUUAAACCAGCAUUCUUUGAGUCUCUUAAGGAUGUUUACUCUGCUUUUGCAUGGUCUAUUGUAGAACUCAAUCCAAUGCUCAACAGUCUUCCUGCUCUCCAAUUCCCUAGUUUGUACAUGAAUGGUGAAGGACUUUCAAACGAUUUUUAUGUGAAGAAUAUUUAUUGUAUACCAGACAAACUGGUUGGAAACGUUUCAGAUGACAAGCUUUUCGAAGUUUAUUUUGCCAAUGGAUUGAAUCUCAUCCCUAACGUUGCCGAAGUAUCUGCAGGAGAAAGUGGAAUUUCUGGAGGUCUUUCAACAAGCGAAAAAACCCUUGUUGUCAACAGUGGUAAGGAUAUCAUCAAACAGCUGUCGAAGACAAUGCUUAGAAGUAUUCCUAGCAAGCUUACCUUCAAACUAAUGCUGUUGCCUCCAUCAAAAUCUAAUCAAACUCUUAGAGCUUCCCUAUUUGAAAAUGAAAAGCAAUAUCAAUAUGUACAGAGAAAAUACUUACCGGAAAAUAAUAUGUUAGUCAUUCAAAAGGAAUCUGUCACCGAUCAAGUUGAAAAGAAAAAGAAGAAUAGAGAUGAUAGCAAGGAGACCUUGCAGGCUGAUUUACCUGUUACUGAAAUGGAACAGUUCUAUUCUUCCAAUACCAUGCCAGAAUCUACUACAAGACAAACAAAUUUGAGAAAUGAGCUUUACAUUUAUCCACAAAGUGCCAACUUUUCCAAAUUUGCAGUCAAAAAUAAGAAUAUUCAAAUAACAGUGUCUUACAAUGAUACAGACCAAAACUUCUCACUCAAUAAUAUGGAACAAAGAAACAAAGGACUUUUCUACAAACCUUUCACUAGUAAUAAUUCAAGUGACCGUAUUAAUGAGGGUGAAUGUGUUAGUGUAGCUUUGAAGAACGAGAAACCAGAAUUUAGUGAUGAAAUCAAAUGUAUUAUUCCGUGCCGUUAUCCAACUGAGGAUGAAGAUUGUAGACAACACUUAGUUUUCAAGUUUUACAAUGUUUCACACAAAGAGACAAUUCAAAAGAAAGCUAGUGAUGUAGAACUUUCUCAAUCUAGAACUCUUAUUGGUGUAUCAUUUUUGAAAGUAUACAAGAAGGUAACAACAACAAUUGAUAAGAGAAAAAUCAUCCUCAAAGAUCUAAUUAAUGGAGAUUUUGAGUUGCCAGUUUAUCCAGUUCUUAACAUUCCAAACGCAAACUAUUUGAGAUUAUGCGACCAAAUUAUGGAUCCUUCUCUAGUACAUAUCAAACCAUCGGCUACUUUUAAAGUUAAAAUUAUUCCAUAUAGCUUUAUUUUACCAAAUAUUGCUCUCACUUUCCCAUACUCAACCUCCAACAUUAUCAAUUUGUUCCUUCUCAAGUUUUUCAGAUUGGUUAACAAUACAGUUUCUGUCACUCCAACAUUUGAAGAAAUUGCAGAUGUUUACAAGACUUUGAUUCAAACUUACGAGUAUGAAAAACAAGUUGUAUCCAACACCAUUUGGUUUGAAAUGCAUGCUUUAUAUUUACCAAUGAUAUUGAACACUUGUUUUGACUGGAUUAUUGACACCUUUGGUAAAGACAAGAAUUACACAACAGAAUUAUGGAAAAUUAUCCUCUUCUUCAUUGAAAAGUAUAACCAACAUUCGGCAUCUUCUUCAACUGUUCUCAAAAUCUACCAAAAAUAUCAUUUCAGAUUCUCCAAGAGUGGGGAUGAUGUUAUUUUCAAGUUGAUCUCAUCAUUUAUUGACUCAAUCAAAAUUGAGAAUUCCAAACUGAGUCCUAAAGGAAACGUAUUUGAGGAACUCUUCUUGAGAAACAACCAAACAAUAUUUGGGUUAUUUUUGAAGAGUAUUGUUUGUUCAAUGAGUUAUAAUACUGUGGAACCAUUCCAAGUCGAUAAUGAGUUUGAUAAUCUUCAUAUUAUGACUAAGUCAAGUUUGAACGCCAUAGAACAAUUUACUGUAAUGGUUUUGGAAAUGGUGGAAAGAGUUUCAUUCAAGAAUGAAAAGCAUACAAUCCUCAAAUCAUUCUUGAAGAGUUUUGCUGCUUUUUAUUCCCAUCUAAUUGCUAUUUAUUCGAUAAAGGCAGAAAAGCGGUUUGAACUUGCAGGACUCAUCUCCAAACAAGAAAUUAUCCAAUACCUCCUUAAAUUUAUAGAGUCGAUGGGUUAUUUACCUUCUCUAUACAAGUUGAAGAAUAAUGAUAACGACUCUAAGAAAUCCAAGGAAAUCUCUACACUGGUAUCAGAAUCACAAUUAUUGAUGAUUAGUGAACUUUUACUUCAUUUCCCUUCAUUUGAACUUUCUCUACCUCCACCAAUUUCUCUCCUUGAUAGUAUCAUUGCUCAAAGUCAAAAUGCAGAAGCACCAAUAUCAAACUUUAGAGAUAUUCAUCACUUUGUUUUCUCUUCAUUUGCCGAAUAUUUCGUAAGAACAAUUUACUUGGCUGAAGAGAAAGAAGUUAGACUUAAGGCAAUUUUACUAUUCAAAGAAUAUGUAGAAAAGAUCAGUAGAGAAAGUAGUACUGUUCAAUUAUCAGAAGAAAGUCAACCUGAUGAACAAAAGGCCGAAGUUCGAUCUAGAAUAUUCACUUCCCAAUUACUUCUUGAAUUCUUUGCCAAACAUAUGAUUGAGAUUUUCCCAGAGUGGAAGAGAAACGCAGAGUCUAAUCAAAAGAAAAUUACAACUGCUAUUGAGGAGUUGAGAAGAAAAAUAUCACAAGUGGAAAGAGAUAUUCUUGCAGCCCAAGACAGUCUUAACCAGGCAAAGCAAAAUAAGACAAAGAAGUCAACGGAACCAGAAAAGAAGUUGAACCACUUGGAUGUUCAAUUAACAACUUUGAAACAGUUAUUGCUUACAAAAGAAAAGCAAUUAUUGGAGGAAUUUGAAACAACCAAAACUGAAAAACGUAUGCUUCUUUCUGUGUUUGUCCAAAUAACAACAAAUUGUGAUGAGAACUCGCUUAGAUCUCUAUGGAAGAUUAAACCAGCUUCAGAAGAUUCUAACAUGUAUCACGAUGACGGUCUUCAUUUCAGUUCUAAACUCUUGAUGAUAUUCCAAAUGUGUGUACAGAGUUUUGAGUAUGGCGGCUAUUCUCCUUUAUAUCACUACUUUGAUAGACUCUACCAAAAGCUUCCACAGAAUCAAACUGUGAAACACUCCACACCUCUCAAUGAAAAAUUCUCUCCAGCUAAAUCAAACCCUUCAAUUUCUAGGUCAGCAAGUGACAGGAAGAAAGGUGACGAUAAACCACUCACCAAAAUGAGUUUAGAUGGACCUAUGGAUGUUGAUUCUCCAGUGAGAUCUUCUCCUAGCCAAGGAGCAAACAGUGGAAUUUCUAAAUCUGAUUAUAUUGAGAAAAAGAUAACCAUUGAGAGAUUGAUUUCCAACGAGACAAGUUCAACCAUUUUUCAACUCUUCUUAAAAUUCAUGGAAGACAAUGCCGAGUUUAUUCAAAAUAUUGUUCGUCCAGGAGCAUACAUUGAUCCAAAACAUUUACCACCGAUUUUGGAAAAUAUUGUCAGAACACUUUUGAAUUUAUUGAGAUCAAACCUAAGCGAAUGCUUGACAAUAUCCGUAUUGUUGUAUUUGAGACAUGUUUUAUCUCAACAUCCUUUCACUGCCAUAUUCUAUAAUCCACAAUCAGAAUAUGGUUUGCUAUUCUCUGAAGAACUACUUCGUUUGAGUCACUCCAAGCUUGGUUCGAUUAGAAAACACGCUGCUGCCUGUUUCUACUUGUGGAUUCGUUUUUGCUUUGAAGAAAACAAAGGUAUGACUGUUCCACAAAUAAUGGUAACUCUCUCCCUUUCAAGAAGAUUGCAAAGUUAUACCAAAAUUACCCACAACUUUUUAUCAGACAAUACUAUAGGUGAUGAAUCGUUUGAUGAUUCUGAAGGUAUUAAUGCUCUGGCUCACAUUGAAGAAUGUAUUAAAUUGUUGCCUUACUUUGCCAUCAAGGAUGAGGCAGCUCCAGGUUCAAAAUUCUUCAAAAUUAGAAACAAGUACGGAGCUCAAAAGGGUGAUGUUACGGAUAGAGAAGUCCAAGCCGAAGAUAAUAAUGGAAAACAGAAAGGAGAAAGAUUCCACACUGCUAUGGUGUUCUUUAAAAAGAUUGAAAACAAGGCAGAUCAAAAGAAAUUUGGACAGAAAGUUCUCGAAGUGUUAGACCAAUUCCACGAUUUAUUGUCUGAUCUUUCUAAAAAGUUACUCAGUCUUGUUCAAGAUACCAUGUCAAUUAGGGCCACAAUGAUCAAGCGAAAGCAAAGUGAAACUAGCACUGUAACUUAUGAUCCAUUCAAAACUGAAGAAUUAUUGUAUAGAAUAUCUGACAAUUAUUCAAAACUUCCUGAACUCAGACUUGCAUGGCUGGAACAACUUGCCUCCUAUCACAAAGGAUUGGCCCAAUAUGAGGAGUCUGCACAUUGCUAUUUGAGAAUUCUCUCUCUAGUAUUCGAUUAUUUGGAUCAUCAAGCUACAAAGAAAUUCACUCCCAACAGUAUCAAAACGGAAACGUCUGUAUUGGAAAUUCUUCCACUCUCUCAAUUCUACAGCAUUUCUCCAAUGUUGAUAGAAUUCAAGGUGAAUCAAACAGGCAUUCAAACUCAAUCACUUUUAGGAGGAGGAAAUUCCAAGUAUGAUUACAUGUCCGAUCAGUCCAUUGUGAAUUACAUACUCAAAACUAUUGACUCUUUAGAGUUGGCUGAAUGUUUCGAACACUGUAUCAUGUUAUACAAGCUACUGAUUCCUAUUUUCGAAUCUAAAUAUGCUAACUUUACACAAUUGCAUAUUAUUUACGACAGAUUGACACAACUCUAUAAGAAAUGCUCCUCCUUCCAAUCAACAUCUAAUAGCAAAGUUCCAACCUCUCCUAGUGAUAAUGAAACUACUAAUGCCCUAUCCCUCUCCAAUAUCUCUUCACUCUCAGCUUCAAAGACAACAGAAAACGAAACCGACAGUAGAGUAUAUAGCUUUUAUUAUCGUGUCAAAUUUGUUGGAAGAGCAUUUGGUGAAUUGGAUGGCAAAGUUUACAUUUACAAAAUGCCAAAACUAUUCAAACUUUUUAAGAUGAAGAACAAAAUGUUGGAAAUUUAUGGAAAGGAUGUAGAAGUUGUUUCUAAAGAUGAAGCUGGAGUAGUUACCGCUGAUGAUGAGCUUUCAACUGGUUCUGAAUCAAAUAAGAAGGUCAUUCAAAUUAACCAUGUCAAGCCAUUCCUUCCAACUGUAGAUCAAAUGAAAAUUUUAAGAAAGAAAUUUGAUGAUCUCAAUAGAUUGAGUAAUAUUAGUACAAGUGUUAAUAGUGCUCCUAGUACGAGAGGAUCCGAUAGAAAUUACAAGACUAUUCUCAAAAAGAGUCCAAUGACCUCCAGUACUAGCAAAUUACCAACAAUGAGCAGUGAUAGUCUCAGUCCUAGAAAUCGUUCUAAUUCAAACUCUCAACCUCCUCUUCCAACUCUCAGAUCAAAUAUCAAAUUCAAGAGUGACGAGAAUUUGUCAGUUUACAAUAUGGAAGGAGUUGCUUCACCACUAUCACCAAGAGAUGGCAUCCUAUCGCCAAGUUCUCCUUCUAAAGUUUCCAUUCCAAAACUUAAUCUAUCCAAGAAUAAGAAGGAAAAUUCAGGUAACCAAAGUGAAUCCAACCAAAAUGCCUUCCAAGAUAUGGAACGAUUUUUAUAUGAUAAGAUUUUAUCACUCAACUACUUUAUUACCAGAGACUCUGAAUUCCAAAGAAAUAUGAACCUCAACCAUUUCUUUUAUGAAUAUUCUGUUGCUGCCAAAGGAGCAGACAUUACUCAAACUUACAAGAAGAAGAUUUUAAUCACCACUGAAGAGUACUUCCCUAAUGUCAUGACUCGUUUGGAAGUAGCUGAGGAAAAGGAAUUUACACUCUCUCCAAUUGAAAAUUCAAUUGAAAUGAUUGAUACACAAGUUAAAAAAUUAGAGACUGCCAUGAAUUCAGUAUUAUCAACAGCUCUGGGUGACGUGGCGAAUUAUAGCGUUCUUGGAAAUAUGUUCAAUCACUCUGUCCACACAUCUAGUCACAGCAAUAAUACUGGAACACCUGGCUACAACAAACGUCACUCCAUCAAAGGUGGUUCCAAUUUGGUGAUCAAUUUGAACAUGACCAAUUCUCUAGGUACUGUUCCAUACUUUAACGAUCUGAACAUUAAUCCUCACACUGUCUCCACUCUACAAAUGAUCUUGCAAGGAAGCGUUCAAGCAAGGGUUGGUGAAGGACCUAAAAAAGUUGUGGAAAUCUUUUUAAAUAGAGAAUUCAGAGAAAGAUGGAAAGUUCAACAAGGAAACUCUGACCUUAUCACCAAGCUUAAUGAGAGAUGUUUCAGAUUUUUGUUAUUGUGUGAUAGAGGAGUCAAGUUGCAUUCUCUCAUAAUCCACUCUCAAACACCAACAGCUACCAACAAUAAGGAUAGAAUUUUACAUGCAGAAUUGGAGAAGGGUUUCCAUGAAGUCAAGUCAUUAUUCGAAGCCUACCUAGAAAUUCCAACUGUGAGAACCUUUGUACCAGUUGUUAAUGGAUCUAUUGUACCAGAGAGAGUAACCAACAUGAAGAAGGGACAAGAAACUGUAGAAACAUUUAUUACUGUCACUGUUCAAGAUGUUUUGAAUUAUCCAGAUUUAUUCUACAAGCACAAUAAUAUUUCUUACAAUACUCUGCAAAAUCUUAAACUUGGCAAACAACAAUUAACCGACCCAUUCAAACAAAUUUCAACACCAUCAGAAUCGCCAAGAAAUGCAGACCUCCUCAAUGCAAUCAGAAACAACAAUAGACUUUCAAUUCCAUCAACUAAAAUGAAGGAAUAUUUGGAACAAUUAAGUAUUCCCUCAGGAAGAUCUCUCAACUUGGAUUCUGAUAACCAUCUAGUUCACGACUUACUCCUUCGUCAGUCCUCAGCUGAUCUUCAAUAAUAAAAACCAUGUAUGUCCAUAUAUUAGUAUU